CCGCUGGCUAGUGGCUUUGGUAAAGCUGUUAAAUUUCCACAGCAGCCGGCUCCCUAACCGGCAACUGGCAAGGUAACAUGGCGGCUGUUCCCGGAGCCAUAGUUGAACUGCAGAGAAAUUCACCCAAAUGGGGUAAAGUCGUUGACGAAAUAGUAAGAAUAGAGAAAAGGGUCUUCCCAAAACACGAAUCUCUGGCCCAAUCAUUCGAUGAAGAACUUAGGAAGAGGAAUGGCGGCCUGCUAUACAUGGAGGAUGGAGAGGGAGAAGUUGCUGGAUAUGUCAUGUACGCUUGUCCCUCUUCCCUUUUUGGUUGUAUCACCAAAUUAGCAGUGAAAGAGAAGUAUAGGAGGGGAGGCUUUGGAGAAGCAUUACUUAAGGAAGCAAUUCAAAAGUGCAGAAGGAGAAAUGUGCAGCGCGUGUCUCUCCAUGUCGAUCCCUCAAGAAUUCCAGCAGUGAAGCUAUACGAGAAACUUGGUUUCCGUGUGGAUACGCUUGUUGAGGGCUAUUAUUCUGCUGAGAGAAGUGCCUAUAGAAUGUAUAUCGAUUUUCACUCGGAUUAAUACGCAAGUGAUAUUGAUAAUGUUUGUAUGUUAUAUUAUACAAGAUUCCAAACUCUUACGACUUAUGCUAUAUACACUAUAUAGUACCUAUGCGAGGCCGUUUUUCCAGAUUCAGGAAAAAAAUCCUGGUUAAAGAAUGUUUCAUUAUGG